UAUAAAAUAUACUCACCUGUACGAGAUUUCAUGAGAGAACGAGAUCUAUCAUGGUCGCCAAAUUUGCUUCAAGCUCUGUGUCUGCAGAUGAUUGAUUACCUUUUGGAGACAUAUCUUGUAACACACAAUGGUUUAGAGAAGGGACAUAGGAACUGAGAAAAGAUGACUUUCCAGGCUGCUGCUGUUGAGCAGGCAGUGCUCCAGUUUUACCAGACAGCAUGCCUCCAUCAUCAGGUCCAUCAGUGGUUGACAACCGCUCAAAUCUCCCCCGAUGCCUGGUCCUUCUGCUGGGAGCUUCUCGGCACAGAUAAGAAUACAGAAGUGCAAUAUUUUGGUGCAAACACAUUACACGUAAAAAUAUCAAGAUACUGGUUUGAAGUUCCUGAAGACCAGUAUGAAGGACUAAAGACUCGACUUCUGGAGAGAAUCAUACACUUUGGCAGUGGCCCAAAAAUUGUUCUCACACGACUUUGUGUGGCGUUAUCAUCUAUGAUUCUGCAUACAACACCAAAUAACUGGCCGGACCCACUAAAGACACUGAUCGACAUGUUUCAACAGGAGGAUAUACCAAAUCUCACAAAUUUACAGCGGUGCCACCUGUUACUUGAGACACUGCGUGUACUACCAGAGGAGUUUUUCAGUGCUAACCUUGCUGAGUACCGCCGUGGCAUCCUACGAACAGAACUUGGAAAUAGUCUCCAGCAUGUAUUGCCCCUACUUCAGGGACUGAUGAACCCUGGCUCGCCUCCAGAGAUAUUUGAGCAGGCCCUCAAAUGUUUCUCUUCCUGGGUGGAGUUUGGGGUGUCACCUGUCGACAGUCAACAGGUCAUUGUUCAAGUGUUUGCAGCAUUACAAAACAGUCAGCUGUUUGAUACAGCAGUCGAUUCUCUAGUCAGCGUCUUCUCUCACCCAGACAACCACAGAUUUCCCAACACGAUACAAAAGUUGAUACCUUCUGUGCUGCAGUUGAAGGAUAUGCACCAGCGAGCUGUGGAGACACCCGAUAUGGAUGUGUGUAAUGGGAUAGCCCAGAUUGUGAUAGCUCUGGCAGAAAACCACACCAAAAUGCUGCUGGAGUGUUCCAUCAGCGAGGAUGAGGACUGCAGAAACAUUGUGAUGAAUCUCAUACAGAUGGUGUUGUCUUGUUGCUCUCUACCUGGACACUUCCCAGUGGACGAGACAACCAGUGACAUGUCUUUCACAUUCUGGUACCUUCUACAGGACGACAUACUGGACUCGGAGAAGGGACGCCAACAACUCCUAUUACCUAUAUUCCAACCAAUUUAUUUUUCGUUGAUUGAAAUUUUGUUGGUCAAAGUGCAAUAUCCUACAGAUGAAGAGUACGAUUCUUGGACCGCAGAGGAAAAGGAACAGUUCCGUUGCUACAGACAAGAUAUCGGUGAUACGAUGAUGUACUCCUUCAGUAUACUCCGGGAGCCAUUGCUAGGCCAUUUGUGUAGUGUGUUACAAACGAUGGUAGAAAAUUCUAGAGUGGAAGAAGUACGGUGGCAGCUUGUGGAGGGAAUAUUUUUCCUGUUUGGGUCAGUCGCUGAGAAUGUCGACCUUGAAGAGGAGUCUUAUCUACCUGCCGUGUUAAAUAUACUGCCAAAAAUUCCAUUCAGCAACAUAAAGUUUGUGUCCACUGCUCUCUAUAUGAUUGGGUCAUUUGGAGAGUGGAUAAACUGUCACCCUGGGAGUUUAAGUUCUGUGAUACCACUCAUCCUUCAGGGCCUUGGUAACACCGAGGCCGCCACUGCGGCUACAAUGGCUUUGAAGGAUGUCAGCCGUGAAAACCUCAACCACAUGCCCCCCUACGCCCACCAAAUACUCACCUCCAGUCAGUCUGCGUUAGAAAGUGGCAUUUUGAAGCCACGAGAAUGUAUACGACUGAUGUCCUGUAUCGGCCAGGUCCUAUCUGUGUUAAAGUUUGAGGAAAUCCUACAGUAUUUGAAUACCAUCCUUACUCCUCACAUUCACGAAUUGGAGGAGCUAGUCAAGCAGCAGCCUUCACCGUCCAUUAAGAAUAGCGUGCUGCUAAAACUGAACAUGGUGAGUUGGUUGGUGGCCUCCCUGGACACAGACCGUGACUCUGACAACAAUCAGAUAGCUGACGGCAAGACACAGAAACCUAAAUCUGAUCAACCAAAGCCUGUGUUUGUGAUAUUACAACAAGUAGCUCCUGUGAUACACCAACUGGUGGCCAAGUGGAUCACUGACUCCAGCAUCAUUGAGGCUGUGUGUGACCUGUUUAAGAGGUCGUUAAGUACAUUAAUGGACGACUUCGCACCUAUGUCACAAAGUGUCGCACAGAUGGUGGUUCAGAUGUACGAGGUUGUUCCCCAAGCAGCCAUCCUAGAUCUGGCAAAACAGUUGAUCCUAAUGUUUGCUGCUGAUGCUGAGUUCUCCAACACAGUCAGGGUGCUGCUAGCUGCUCUCAGUGAUAAAACUCUAUUGCUGUACCAGCAAGGUGUCCAUAACUACACAGACGUUAUAGAAGCUUUCAUGGCGUUCAUGGCUCAGGUUUUAAAGAAAAAUAAACAACUUGUGUUUGAUGGUACCUGCAACAUUCCAAGUCUGUUCCAUGCAGGAAUUCAGGCGAUAUGUUUACCAGAACACACGACCGUGAAGUCAGCUUGCUCAUUUUUGAACGAGUUCAUCAGUAAUGCACCAGAGUGUCCAGUGAUGAAGCAAGUGGUAGAAACAGAAGGGCAUGUCCUCAUGGACAAAGUUCUCAGGGCUAUCGGUGGAGAAGGGUCUCGAGGUGUCAUAGAACACAUAGCUGACAUUGUCUUCACACUCAGCAAACACUUUCGACAGAACUUAAACAAGUGGCUAAAUGAGAUGGUGGAUCGAGAGGGAUACCCCUCCUCAAGGGUGUCUGAAAGUGAAAAGGAAACGUUUGUAAAGAAUAUAGGAAGGGAGAGGAUGAAUAAGAGGAAAGUGAGAGAACUGAUCAAGGAAUUCACACUGAAAUGCAGAGGCCUGUUUGGGACGGAAUACGUUGCCCAGGCAGCAGCAAUGCUAUGACAGAAAGUCAACUUUACAUAGCUGUGUUGUUAAACCUUUAGAUUGAGGACGGGUUAGGGCCAAUACCAAAUGAUUUUCUGUUAUAAGCUGCAGACUUUGGACUGAGGAAACUGGCUGAAGAGAAGAUAUACCUCGUGCUGUUAUACAAGCAAUACUUCCUCUCCUGUGAUUGGUGUUGUGUGGCAUUUCACUAUCUAGGAAAUAUUGUUUCUAGGUUUUAGUAGUGUGUGUGUGAGAUGUGGUAGUGCAGGAUCUGAAUAAUUAUUUCGGUUUGAUAUAUUAUACAAAUGGAUACCUGGUAAAUACUGUAUAUCGGGCAGGUUUUUCUUUUGCAAUUUUUUUUUUUUUUUUUUUUGUGAAUUAAGCAACCCAAUCAAAAUCGCAAAAAAGAAAUGAAAUAAUGGAAUCUGUCAGUGUUGGGUUAGCCUACCUUAGUUUGUCUAUAAACAUACUAAAAUGUGAGCACAUCUCAAAGAAAAUUUAGAUUUUUAUAUAAAUUACAUCAAGUAGUUGAACUACAUAUAACUCUCCAAUUCUCAUUGUAGGUUCUUAAGUUAAGCCAAAAACAUUUGAAGUGAAUAAACCAAAUUAUUUAUUUGAAAAUAAAAGCCUUGAAAUUAAAAUGAAAAAUGAAUGUAGAAAUUGCAAAUGGUUCAUUUAAAUCACCCCCCUCCAAAAAAAAAAUCACCUCGCAAAAAAACCUGAUAUACGACAUGUUUGAUCGAAUCUACAGAUGUGUAGUUGUGUUUGGUAUGAUUAUACCAAUUGAUGAUUGUGUUUGAUAGCAAUAUACUGAUGGGAAUAAUUUUGUGUGCUUGACGAGAUUUUCUAGUGAUUUGUGCUAAAACUGUUGUGAUAAAUUUUAAGUGCUAACCAGACAAUGUGUAUAUAAAAUAAGUCUUUGCAUUAUUUCACCCAAGUCAUUCAGCAUUGCAAUUAAACAUGUGUUGAUAUACAUAUUAAAAAUGUCCAAAUAUCUCUAUGUGAAAUGUCUGAUGAUGUGAUACUGGUAAAAUUGAACGGUAAUAUUUAUUUGAUUGUGGUGUGCAUUGUAAUUCAAAUUUGUAUAGAAAUGUCACAAAUUAAUAUCAAUGAAUUAUGAAAGUAAUUUGUUUUAUUUGUACAGUAAUGACAAAACCAAGCAUGUAUCUGUUGUUUUGUCCUGUUUUGAAAACAGAAGAAAUCACUAUUAAAUUGUUCAUAAUAUUACCUCCAAUGACAUGUCAACUUCUGGCCAAAUUCUGUCAAGGCUUGUAAUCAAAACUUGAGUGUGUAUUGGCCCAUCAUUAUACAUGUAUAAGAAAUACUAUAGGUACAUUUCCUUCACUGUUAUAAAUCCUUUCACUAUUAUACAACUGUGUUUCUUAUAAAAAAAAAGAAUGCUGGAAAAAAAUAACAUAUACACUUUUCCUUGAACUUUCUAUGCAGACAUCCUAUCACUAGACACCAUUUUGAUUUUUUUUCUCAGCACUAUUUUUCGUGGCGUACCCAUUUGACUUUUCCCCCCUUGAAACACUUACAAUUUAUAACUGCACAAAAACGUACUGAAUGGAGUACACAUGCCUUCAAGGUUUGAAUCUGAGCCGUGACAUUAUUAUAGUGGUUGAUCUUUGUCGUGACUGAGUAGUGUAGGCUCAGUACGACCCAUUGUGUUGGUUAUAUAUAUAGAACUGUUGGAGAGUACUUGCUAUCCAUAUGAUCAUCUAUUUAUACAAGAUGAGGUUAGGUGUGGUAGAAGGAUUGUAAAACAGGACCGCUUGGGUGUAUUUCCUGAUCAUAAACAGAAGACAGUUAUCAUCGUAAAUGUUGGUGUAUUCUCAGAUUUCAAGGGUUGAGUAUGCCGUACUACCAUAGACAACAUCCCCAGUGUCUAUCAAUGUGUUUCUUUCCUGGCUGUACUUCUACAUACUCUCUUUGCAAUGUAAAGUUCGCUAACUUAUCACUCUAAAGUUCGCUAACUUAUCACUCGUUGAGAAAUAUCACAAAUGUUAUUGUCAUGUAUAGGAAUGUUUUAAAGAUUUCCCUAGCUCCUAAUCAUGCCUCCAAACCAAGCAUUACUUAACAGACAUAUUUACAUGAGAUUUGUAUUGGUUUGUACAAAAAUACACUGUCAUACAUCACAUUUAUUUUACCUUUGAAAGAAGAAAUUACCCAAACAUGUAUAGUGAUGAUUUGGCACCUGUUAACUUUUGACACUAUUAAAAGAAAUGAGAGAGCGAUGGAGGGAGGGAGGAAGAGAGAGACGGUAGAGAGUAAAGAGAGGGAGAGAGAGCAAUCUCAAGUGAAUGUACUAAAAUAAACUACUGCAUACCAUUUUGUACAAUUUCAUAAUUUUCUGAAAACUUCAUUUAAAUCAUCAUGAUGUUGUACAACACUGCACAAGUUCCUGUGAUCCUAUAUAUAGCACUGCUGUAUAUGCCUAACCUUGGAUUAUAGUGUUAUUAGAUAGUGUGAGUAAAGCAGGUUUCACCAUGGAUACUGGUUAUGUGUAAAAUGAGUGUCACCAUGGAUACUUGGGUAUGUGUAUUAAAACAAGUGUUACAAUGGAUACUGGUUAUGUGUAAAAUGAGUGUCACUAUGGAUAAUAGGUAUGUUUAAAACUAUUGUCACCAUGGAUACUGGGUACCAGGUAUGUUAUAAACGAAUGUCACCAUGGAUACUGGGUACCAGGUAUGUUAUAAACGAAUGUCACCAUGGAUACUUGGUAUGUUUAAAACGAGUAUCACCAUGGACACUAAGCAUGUAUUAACGAGUGUUAUGGAUAUUGAGUAGGUAUGUAUAAAUGAGUGUUACCAUGGUUAUUGACCAUGUAUAAAUGAGUGUUACCAUGGUUAUUGAGCAUGUAUAAUUGAGUGUUAAACUGGAUACUGAGUUUGCAAGGUGAGUAUCACCAUGGAUACUAAUUAUGUGUAAAAGAAGUGUUACGGAUACCGAGUAUGCAACGAGUGUCACCAUAUGCAAGGAUACUGGUUAUGUGUAAAAUGAGUGUCACCAUGGAUACUGAUUAUGUGUAAAAUGAGUGUCAACAUGGAUACUGGGUAUGUGCAAAUGAAUGUUACCAUGGAUACUGGUUAUGUGUAAAAUGAGUGUCACCAUGGAUACUGGUUAUGUGUAAAACGAGUGUCACCAUGGAUACUGGUUAUGUGUAAAACGAGUGUCACCAUGGAUACUGAUUAUGUGUAAAUGAAUGUUACCAUUGGUACCAAUUACCAAAUACAUUGUGUAUGUACAUAAUGUAUAUGUUGAAUGAUUGUUACCAUAUGGAUACUGGGUUACCAUGGAUGCAGAGUAUAUGUUAAAUGAUUGUUACCAUACUACCAUGGAAACUGGGCAUGUGUAAAAGGAUGGCUGCCAUGGAUACCGGAUAAGUGUAAAUUGAGUGUAUUCAAGGAUAGAUAGUUGGUGUGUGUAAAGCGAGUCAUUGUUGAUACUGUUUCAAUAUGAACACAUGGAACACAAGAUACCCAAUGUGUAGCUGUUAUUGUAAUGCACUGUAAUCUCGGUAUUUAAGUACUAGAGUUAUAAUAUAUUGAACCCAGAACUUCAUUGAUUAAAAAAAUGUCAUUCAAACAUGA